AUGGACACGCCCACCUCGGAGAAGAGCAUCAAUCUCGAUCAAGCCAUUCUUCCGUCUCUUCCUCGCCCUAGCUUGCCGAGGCGGACCCGGGCUGAACGGUGGUCGGAGCACUACCAGAUCAUUGCCCUUUCUGGGACCCUCUUCUUGUCCGGGUGGAACGACGGGAGCCUGGGGCCGUUGAUACCCAAGAUUCAGGAGUUUUACCAUCUCAGCUACACCAUCGUUUCACUGCUUUUCGUCUUCAAAUGCACUGGAUAUAUUCUGGGCGCCAUUGGGAGUAUGGGGUUGACCGAAAAGUACGGCUUCGGAAAGCUUCUCAUUGUCGGCGCCGCCUUCCAAAUCGUUGGUAACUCUCUCCAAUCCGCUGCCCUUGGUCUUCCGUUCCCCGUCUUCGUUCUGGGAAACUUCCUCACUGGAGUCGGCCUUGCAACACAGAAUGCACAGUCCACCGCUUAUGUCGCAUCGCUUUCCUCCGCCCCAGAAGCAAAAAUGGGCAUCACCCAGGCGGCUUACGGUGCCGGUGCUCUGGUCUCCCCGCUCGUCGCUACUCAAUUCACCCGCCUCUCGCAUGGAAAGUGGUCGUACAGCUACAUCAUCACCGUCGGACUGAACCUGCUUAACGCUGUUCAUUGCGCGGUCGUCUUCCGAGGCAAGACCCAAAGAGAAUGUCUGAGUAGUAUCGGUCAGCGCGAGCAGCACGUACCCGCGGAGGGUGUGGAUGAGCCCAGUUACUUGCGGCAGAUGCUUUCGAUAAAGGCAGUCCACCUCCUCGCGCUCUUCCUGUUCGUGUAUGUGGGCACGGAAGUUACGAUCGGAGGUUGGAUCGUCUCGUUCAUGAUUACGGUCCGCCAUGGCGGGUCAAGCUCGGGCUAUAUCUCUGCUGGAUUCUGGGGCGGGUUAAUGCUCGGUCGGGUACUCCUACUACCGCUUAACAAACUCAUCGGAGAAGUCCGCGCCGUAUACGUUUAUACCGCAACCGCGAUAGGACUGGAGCUCCUCAUCUACCUCGUCCCUUCGCUUCUGCUUUCCUCGAUUUCAGUUGCCCUCGUCGGGCUAUGUCUCGGGCCGAUGUUCCCUAUCGGCAUGAACCACGCCGCACGCAUCCUCCCGCCGAAGCUACUAACCGCCAGCAUCGCCUGGGUCGCCGGUAUCUCGAUCUCCGGCGCCGCCGUGCUCCCUUUCGUUACCGGCGCUAUUGCUGGCCAGAGGGGCAUUGGGAGUUUGGAGCCGUUCGUGAUUGGAAUGCUCGUACUUCUGGGCUUGUUGUGGACGACCGUUCCCAGAAAACGCGUCCUAGUUUUGGUCUGA